CGGGUGGCAAAAUUGAUUAAGAAAAAAAUAAUAGAAGUUGAAGAGUAGCUAACAACACAAAGCGUGUCUCUUCUUUCUUUCUCUGAAGCCAUGGGUUCCUCAGCAACUCUUAGUGACCGUGCCCAAAAUGUCCCAAAAGAAUGCGACACCUCAUUUCCGGCCACCAAAACUGCUUCUUCUCGCCGAACCGCUUCCUUUUCCUCCUCCUCAUCACUCUCAUCAUGUUCAUCUUUGCGUUUUCUUGAUGAUUCGCCCCUUAGUCCGGCCACCCCGCUUCAAUUUUCCGGUGUUCCAUUUUCUUGGGAACAUUUGCCUGGGAUUCCUAAGAAGCAAAGUUACAAGAAAAAGGACUCUACAUCAAAGGCCCUCCCAUUGCCUCCUCCUGCCGCCCCUGCAUCAAUCUCCAGAAGAAUCAAUUCCGAGGAAAUUGGAAUCCGAAAGAAACACAAUAAUGAAAGUUUUCGAAGGGAUCCCUUUUUUGCUGCAUUAGUUCAAUGUUCAAAGGAUGAUGAUGAUGAUUAUCAAGGCAGUGACUUCUGGGGUGGUGCUAAGGUAUCAAGGAGCAUUAGUGACAGGUUUGGUUUUGUAAGCCUCUACACUUCCUGUAAAAAAACUAGUGAUGUUUCUGAUUCAAUAGUAUAUCUUCCAAGAUCAAGCAGGACAUCAUAUGAUCUAAUUAGUCGCCGUUCUCGCUGAAUUUGUAUGAUCCUUCUCCAUGAUCAUGAUGAUGUUCUUCUGGACUACUAUGUGUUCAUGUUCUUAUAAGAUUAAGGUACUGCUGAAUUUACAUUUGCUUUGCUUUGCUUUCUUGGUCAUGUGAGGGCUAGUAGUGUAUGUUCUGUCCCAAAAAACAUUAGUUGUUGUAAUAUGUUAAUAUAACUUGUAAGAAUAUGAAUGGACCGGUAGCUUGCUUUGUUUUGUUUAA